AUGACAGCAACUCUUGCUACACCAUUCUUCCAAGUCACUUUCAUAUCUUCUCCUCAACUCAUGGCCACCAACUCGUGUGUAGCCAGCAUGCCAGUCGCCCCACCUCUCCCGCCCCUUUCCCUUCGCCAGAUCCUUCUUGUACACCUCAUCGUAUUCCAAGAAGCGGUCUUUGGUUACCACGUCUACGGGUACGAGAUUUUCAGGUGGUUAGAUAUCGUCUGCGACAUAUGCUAUUCGGACUCCUAUUCGAUAGCCUUCCUCUCAUCGAGCCGAGAUUUCACAUCGAGGCUCCCCGACAUGUCACGAAUCAAGUCAAGCUAUGUAUAUCGCGCUUACAUCAUGAGGAUGAGAUGCGACACAUUCUGUGCGAUCAUGCAGCCUUUCGUAGAACAACAUCUGGAAAAGCUUCUCGGCCUCAGCAACGCGACUGAGUGGAGACGUUCUCGUGCCAUACCAAAAAUUCUUCUCCUCUCAGACCUGCGAGGUUUUCACAACCCACCUGGUCACUCAGUUUUGGUGAUAACCGACGGUCACGGUGAAGAAUACAUCUUCGAUGGUACUAUCGAUCAAUACGGAUGGAAUUGGGUGACACAUUGGCUCAUGACAAGGGAUGAGCUUGUGGAAAGCCAUAUGGAUCUGAGCCAAGCUCCGUAUUUGGAAGAUUACUUUGGAGGAGAACAGACUAUUCGUGCGGAGGCGCUGAGCAUGAACAACGAGUAUGGAUAUUGGGCUAUCGCGAGCAGGCGUAUGGAGCAGAUAUUUGAGCAAAUGGACUGGCACUCUCUGCGUGGAUGCGCGGAAGAUGAGAUUGAGGCGCAGAUUCGCGCUCUGAGCAGGGCCAAUUUUGCGGGUGCAUAUGAGGAGGCAGUGGCACAAAAUCGUUCUCCUGCUCACAAAUCCAUCAUGAUGUCAGCUGCAUCUACCACAAACACAACCCGCCUGUCCCUGGAAGAGGUCUUGCAAGUACUCCUCGUCUGCUUCCACGCCGCCGCCGAUACCGCCCCAAAGGCCAUCCCCGCAUACGCGCUUGAGCUUCACGAUCCUUCGGUCCCAGUCCCGAUCUGGAAGAUUUGGUCGAUAGAAGACCUGAGGUUCACCCCGCCUGACCCCGAAGACCUCAGCCGCUGCUCCUUCCUGCCACCGUGGUUGAACGACGCACUCUCGCGCUUUAACAUGUGCGACUGGUUCAUUCUAGUUCUAGAGGAGGAAGUGGACAGACUGGUCAGGAAGCUUUUCAACGGACGUGCCCAGUGGUUGACAUAUUGGCCAAAGAUCGACCGCAUCUUGACCUGGCGCAGUAAUCCGAAUCAGCCUAUGGUGCUGAUGCACUCCGUGCUGUACGUCGAGACAGGCGAUGGCAGACAGAUGAUCAUGGAUGGCACCUUGAGGCAAUAUCUUUGGGAAUCAUCGACUUGGCUUCAAACAUGCCAAGAGUGGUAUGUCGGGCGCGUGGACUGGCCUCGUGGUUGGGAUUUUCCUUCGCAGAAGAUGAGAUGCUUGGUGAAGUAUGAAGCAGCACGUGCAGCAGGCGGAUACUGGGCCUUUGCCUACGUAACAUUGACACAGUUGUUCGGCGACCUGGACUGGGAGGAGUUGAGGGGUCUGGGACCAGUCGAGCGACUCGAGUGCGUUAAGAGAAUGGCUGAAGGAAAGCUCGCUGGAUUCCACGGAUGGGCCCCCAAGUUUGGAUGA